AUGCCACCCUCCUGGGCAUCACCUCCCUGGACCAAUCAGAGCCGCUCACAUGAGCUGGAGUUUGUGCUGCUGGGCUUCUCACACGUGCCCUCCCUGCGCCCAAUGCUUGCAGUGCUCUUCCUGGUCGCCUUCCUGCUCACGUUGCUAGGCAACACGCUCAUCUUCAUUCUCACCAGCCUGGACCCAGGUCUGCGUGUGCCCAUGUACUUCUUCCUGCGCCAUCUGGCACUGGUGGAGAUCUGCUUCUCACUGGACGUGGCUCCCCGUCUGCUGGUGACCCUGCUGUGGCCUGGACGUGGGAUGUUCCCCAUAAGCUGUGCCCUGCAGCUGCUCCUAGUUCUGUCCUUAGUCACAUCCGAGUGUUUCCUCCUCACAGUCAUGGCCUGGGACCGCUUCCUGGCCAUUUGUAGGCCUCUGCGAUAUGGUGCCAUCAUGAGCUUGAGGCUGUGCCACCUGCUGGCCGCCGCCUGUUGGCUCGCAGGAUUACCGGUAGCUCUGACCCACACCAUCUGGCUCUUUAAUUUCCCCUUCUGUGGGCCACGGGGUAUCCGACACUAUUUAUGUGACAUAGCACCUCUGGUGAGCCUGGUGUGUGCAGACACCAGAGACUUCGAGGCUAGUAUGUUCAUGGUCACAGUGUUAGUUAUCAUAGUUCCCUUCUGUCUCAUAGCUAUGUCCUACGUCAUGAUUCUGGCUGCUGUCCUUCGGAUGCCAUCUGCCUCUGGGCGCCACACCCUGUCCACCUGUGUCCACCUCAUCGUGGUGAUUCUGUUUUAUGGCACAACUGGGGUCAUCCACUUGCGCCCCAAGGCCAGCUACUCUCCUGAGAGCAAGCAAGUGGUGUCCCUGUCAUACACCAUUGUGACCCCCAUGCUCAACCCUCUCAUCUACAGCCUGCGGAACAAGGAGGUCAAGGCUGCCUUGGGCGUGUCUUCAUUCAGAGACGAGGAACCUUUAUCCCCUGACCUCUAUAUGACUUCAUUUACCCUGUCCUUUGGGGAUCAUCUCUGCCCUAGUGGACUUGAGGACCUCGAUGUAAGAGUAAGUUAA